AUUAUUUCGCCGGCAUACCGUCGUGACAAGGGAUGGACGCGGUGCGGCCGCUGUUGGCGCCCAUUGGUGAAGGAGCUGCUGAUAGAACCAGACCAUCUUGUCCUUCGCCCGAGACGACUUGUCGGCCUAAGUCGGCCAAACUAACGGGUACAUCGUUCCCAAAGGCGCACACAGUGGCAACGUUUACACCGUCCGAUAAACUCAUGCAAAACACAAGUGGAGCCGUCCGCCGCGCGAGCCUCGAUCGUCGACACACCACCGCCAGUCUCGGGCACGCUGGUUCUAGUCGUCGAGGGAACAUAACCGCCGAUCCUUUGGAAGAGCCAGCGUCCGAGAACGACCCCCUUCCCCAAGACACCGACCCCCCGACCCUCGUCGGGACCAAAGCCGUGCUUGUGGACGCCCACGGCCGUCCCAUCGCCGGCGUGAAGUACAACAAGGGCGCGAUGACACACAUGAAGUUUCGCAGCGUGGAAGCCCCCGCGUCGCACAUCCACCCAAACGACAAGAAGCUCGCGGCCAAAUUGGCGUCGACAACGAACCGAUCGGAAAAAGACGUCCGGUGUGGGUUCUGCCACGCCAACAACAUGCUGUGGCACCUCCGGUGUACAUUCUGCGGGUGCUGUCGGGUUAGCGACGUGCCCCGCAUGCACUACAUCGUCACGAUGAUACUGUCGGUGGACCCCAACAUCUCUGCUACCAAACUGGCCCACCAACUGCUUCAGUACGCCAAAUUUGACGGCACAGCCGUGGAAGCCGAGAAAAAGUUCAAACAAGCGACGCUCGUGCGGUCCAAAGCCGCGAUGGUGCUCAUGACGCGCAACACGGACCGCCUGCGCUGGCACAUUGUACGCAUGAUGUUCAUGGCGUGGAAGAAAGUGCGCACGGAAGCCACGCGCGGCGAUGAGACAAUGGCGCGGCUGAUCAAGAUUAAGGAGAUGCAGACGCAGGGUCGGCUCAAGUCGCAGGUAUUUUCCAACUGGAAAAACUUGACCAUGGUCAAGUGGGACGAACGGUAUGCCAAGCUCUCGAUCGCCGCCGACAGGCGCGUUCAAAUGUCCAAGCGAUACGUUUGGUCGCAGUGGACACGGUACAUCGUGGGCCGACUGCGGAAAAAGUGCUCGUAUUUGAAACAAGUCAUGAUGUCGAACCAAGAUUUGGUCAUCGCCCAACCGUCCGACGAGUUUGACCAGGCGAAGAAAAUUGUGUACGAUCUCAAGGAAGCGCUAGUGGCUGCUGUCGACAACAGCUUGGCCACAUCGGAAGCCCUCACUGCACAUUUGCGAGAAGGCAUGCAAGACAUUGUGCACAUCCAAACCAUGCUUCCAAGUACUGCGGGGUACCUCGUGGGGGUGUCCAAUCUCUCGCCGAUUGUCGAAGGGUUUGUGCAUGGCCAAAUCGACUUGCUGGAAUCGACCAACACGACCAAGAAAGACCUUGGGUUCACCCAGACGGCAUUGGAUGCAAUUGCCGACCGCGUCGGGCGGUUCAUUCCAUGGGAUGCGGUGCUGCAGUGGCUUAACCUGCAAAUUGCCUACAUCCACGGCCGAUUGGGUCGCAAAGUCUUUGCGCCCAUCACGUCGCUGCAGGACAUCUCCGCGUCCUUGAGUUCCCCCAAGCUGGUGCUGCACUUACUGUGGCACCUCCAGCCGUCGACGUUGGCCGAGUACGACAAACUGUACGCGGACGAGUGCGAAAAGGACCCGUUGCUGCCGUUGUCCCAGAACUCGGCCGCGAACCGGUUCGUGCAGUGGAAGCUGUUUCUCAAGGUCGCGCAAGCCCGGAUCUACCUUCCAGACGACAUUGCCACGCGGGACGAUCUCAUGGCCGGAUACUUUGAUGCGUACUAUGGCAUCUUGGUGUACAUGUUUGCCAUGUUUGCCGACGCCGCGCCCAGUACCAGCGUCGACAACAUCGGGCAGUUUGCGUUUCUGCAAAUGUGGCCCGGACUUAAGAGUGCACUGCAAACGACCAACGCGUAUGACACCGACGCCGGGCUCCGAGAAGCGUGUCGGGAGUUGGUUCGUCGCCUCCGAACGCUCGAGGACUGCCAAGUCAAGCUCCUCGGCAUCCACAGGCAGCUCCAGCGGGUGCUAGCCAUGCACCGCCAAGCAGUGUUACGUGGCAACGUGAGCGACUUCUGCCGGCGACUCAAAGGUCGCGAGUCCAUGAUCGCUGUGGCAUUGGAGAAGGAGGAGCUGCUCCCAGCAGUGCAGCUCGACUACGCCCGCGUGGCCAAGCUGUGCUCGGUGGACGAAUGCAAUCUCAUUCAAAAUGUGUUUAACGACCAAGUGGUGCCGCUGAUGCACCUGUUCAAAGCCAGUGGGGGUAAGAGUAUCAGCGAGCACGAGUUCUACAAACUCAUGAGCCAAUGUGGCCUCAUUGAGCGCAAGAACAUGACGCGCGCGUACCUCCAGAUCAUCGUCCAAGCGUCCAUCAAGGGCGACGUCGGGGGCGUGGGCACGCCGGACGUCGACCGAUUCGGAGACGUCGACUUGACGUCGACCGAGUUCACGGAGGCGCUGCUGCGGGUGGCCAACCACUUGCACGAGAAGCGGCCGGCGGUGCCCCUCGUAGACAUGGUGAAGGACUUGAUGGAGGCCCGGCUUAUGCCGCUAGCAUCGGCCAUCGAGCGCCAGGGCAUCGGGUCGUUCAAGCGGCUGCUGCGCCAGCCAGACGUCGUCGCCGUCAUCCGCGCCCACGACAAGAAGCUCAAGCGGUUGUUUGCGUUUCACGCGAGCGAAAAACGCGGCAAAUUCAUGACCCUAGCCGAGUUCGAGGGCUGGCUCAAGGAGCAGCGCCUCAUCGACGCCUUGUUCCCGUUCCCCAAGAUCAAGCAGCUGUUCUACGCUGUCCAGCAAGACACGUCCGACAGCGAAGGGGACCUGGAGCUCAUUUUCGCAGAGUUCGUCGAAGCCCUUGCCGCCGUCGCCGUGUACCGCAACCCAAAUCCGUACCUGUCACUGUCCAGUCGACUGGAAGCGUUCUUGGGCGACAAUUUAUAACGUUGAAGUAGUAGUACAAGCUCAAUCAUUCAUGCAUUGGCAUGUACUAAAAUCAUGAUGCUAUCUAUGUAUCAUGAAGGAGCAGCAGGGGCGAGGUAGUCGAGCGAGCGGUUGUCAGUUGUCUGUGCUAUCGUUGAGAAUAUAUGUGUGCAUUGAGCAGGAA